AUGGCUAACCAGAAGGCGGGUUUUCACACGACGAUUGACAUACCAGGGACCAGUAUUCCUAGUGUCGCGUUCGGUACUUGGAAGUUAGGCCAAGGGCAGCAGUCAACGGAUCACGUCGAGCAGGCAAUAUCGAUUGGGUUCAAUCAUAUAGGCGAGUAUACUGCGCAGGCUUACCGGAACGAGUCCGAGGCAGGCAUUGCGAUUCGCGAGAGCGGUCUCCCUCGUGAGGACCUGUACAUUACCACCAAAUUUUCCGGUCGUGACGGACUGGAUAUCGAGACAUCGAUUCAGAACAGUCUCGACUAUCUUGGUCUCAAAUAUGUCGACUUGUAUUUGAUCCACGCGCCCUCGCUGGCUGUUCCCGAUAUUCCCACCGCUUGGGCAAAGAUGGAGAAGCUUCGGGAGGCUGGUUUGGCAAAGCGAAUCUAUUUCCAGCCGUAUAUCCUCAGUACCCAGAUGCCCAUUGUCGAAUAUGGGAACAAGUACGGUAUUGUCAGCGAGGCCUACAGUGUCUUGACCCCACUCACUAGUCAACCUGGUGGCCCCGUCGACAAACCUCUACAGAAGAUCGCUUCUCGCCUCAACUCACAGCCUGAACAAGUUCUUCUUGCGUGGGCGAAAUCGAAGGGCGUCGUCGCGGUUACUGCCAGUACAAAGAAGGAACGAUUAGAAGGAUAUUUGGCUGCGGGUGACCUCGAGUUGACUGCGGAGGAUAUCGCUGCUAUCGACGCGGCAGGCCUCGCUGGCGAGAGUCGACUCACUCUCCGGAAGGUGCUCCGCCGCGCUGCGUACAUCACUCUUGUGGGGGGUGCUGUUGUUGCCGCUUGCACGUUUAUGGGGAUCCGUGUUCUCUAG